CAACACUCUCAUGUGUUAGGAAACCUGCAUGUGCAGAAUGCACCUCUCAGCACCCAGGCUGCUGGGAGUGCACCUUUCAGGUAUAAAACCUGAUGGGAAGCAGCACCAGAGCAGGACCUCUGUCAAGAAGAAAGCGUGCACAGCAAUGGAAGGCAAAUCUGUUGCUGUCACUUUGGUUCUCUGCUUGGUCUCAAUGGCAGGGUCAGAAGGUAAGGCCCUGGAGAAGACACAUGAAAGAGGCUCCCAAUGCCAGUGCAUAAGCACUCACUCCAAGUUCAUCCCUCCCAAGAUUAUUCAGGAUGUGAGAUUAAGCCAAAGAGGACCUCACUGCAAACAUGUGGAAAUCAUAGCUAUGCUGAGAGAUGGCAGGGAAGUGUGCGUGGAGCCCGCUGCGCCCUGGAUCCGGCUCACUGUAAAGGCUCUGCUGGCCAGGGCCAGGAACAAUGUUGAGUCACCAGUCAAAGAAAAGUCAAGGAAGAAUAAACCUUGGAUUUCUGCAAGGAUAUGAAAUGGGAGUAAACAUUGCUGCUGAGAAUGCCAUCAUUUCUGAUGAGAAUGCACCCUCUGCUACAUUGCUAGAGUUGAUUAUUUUUAUUUCCCUGAGAUAUUUGCUGAUUCACGUUAUUUUCUUUGCUGUCGCUCUCUCUAAACUUCUGUCUGUGAUAGAUCAAGGAUUUCAAGGCUAAUGAAAGUGUUUAAGUGUUGUAAGGAUGAGAACAAACAAGAUGAAGUUAGUUACCCCUAAAUGGCCUGACUUAAACAGAAACAGAAUGCAUACAAUUAGCAAACACAUAAAUAAACACAUAAUAAAGAAACAUCUGUGUAGCUAUGAAGGAAGUCAUCUCUCACACACUUGUUGCAGUUGUUUGAAGGUGAAAACAAGACAGGAUGGAUUGAUGUGGCAGGUCUCACAGGUAGAGUCAAAGUGCCUUUUUGAAAUCCUUUCACAGCCCUCACUAAACAUUGGAAAUAAUGAGACUAAGAAACAUAUCUUGGAAAUGGAUAAGUAACAGGUGAAUACAUGGAGAUGAAGGGAAGAAUGAAAAGAUGAAUUUUCAUUGAUAAAGGGACAUCACGCAUGGGUUCUUACACCCCCUUGUGUGGGAUCCUGUUAGGUUUGGCCGUCCCACACGGGAUCUGGCAAGGUCAUUUGCCAUGAGCUGAAGUACUCUGGGGAUGCUAAAUGAGGAUGUGAAAACAAGGCUCAUCUGUAAAGAGCUGCAGAAGCACCUUGGGAGAGUCACUGAUUAGGCAACAAACUACCAGGUGAAAUUCCCUGCAGGAAGAAGCCAAAGUGAUUGACACAGGAAAAAAAUUACAAUGCUCCUACAGAAGUAAAACAUUCCAGGCUGACCUUCAGCACACAGGAGAGAGAUGUCGGGAUGAUGCUGGGUGCAUGAUAGGAAUAUCAGAUCAGGAAUGAAGAGUGUUUAUAAGUGACUAAAUGGGAUUUGACUGGGUAUAAGGAAGGUGCAAGCAAGCACAGGCUGAUACCUGAAAUACCUCCUGUCUCAUCAACAGUUCCUUGUCACUGUAAGCCUCGGGGUAAAGACUGGGAGCUCACGGCUUUCAGAAGGGAGCAGCUAAAAAUAGAGACACUACAUCACCUGUGUUACUUCUGCUUGUUGUGCUGCAGUUUCCACUCACAGACAGGAAGAUGCAGGCAGAGAGACACACAUACACAUAUACACCGAGAGAAGUUUAGAAGCCAUAUUUCCAAAGAAAAGAACACAUUAUUCACUUCAAUGUAACAGAAAAUACUAGGUCAAUUUUUUUCUCUUAUGUUAGUUGACAGAUUAGCCUGAGUUGGAAGGGACCCAGAAAGAUCAUCAAGUCCAACUCUUAAGUCAAAGUUCAAUAUGGAGAUUGAGCCUGUGACCUCGGCCUUAUGAGCACCAUGUUCUAUCUACAACCUAAUAGACCACAUUUUUUAUAUAUAAAAAGAUUUUGCAGCUUACAUAUUUCUUCUGUGUUGUUUUUCCAGGGUCAUGCUUAUAUGGCUAAACAUUAAUGUUACUGUGUCAAUUCCCAGUGAUAUAUUGUUAAUUUCUUUCUACAGUCAAAACCAUUUUGUCUUAAUGAUUUGCUUCACACUGUUUAUGGCUAGCCAUAUAAAUCUGAUUUCUGAGGUAGAAAGCACUGGAGUGCACAUUCUAGCAGCACUCAUCAGACUAGACACAUGUGGUGAGAGUGAUGGAGGACUCAAAAAUGCCAUGAGUGCCCUGUGGGGGUCAGUUUUGUGAGCCCCAGGGUGUGAGGUGGGGUUUGAAGUUUGAACCCCAGCAGCCGCCUCACCGAAGCAGCUCUGGACUCAGAUGUGAAUCCAUGAGCUGACUGAACACAUCCACUGCUCCUUCCUGCUGCCCCACCACCAGGUUUUGGUGAGCAGCAAGGUUUUGCCUGUCCAUCAGCUUGAGAUCCAUUGGAUCAUCAAAUUGACAUAUGACAGCUGUUACACCAAACAGAUCUGACUUAUAGGAGUCAGAGAUGAGGGUGUGAUGUGUGUUAUGGCCACCGACGGCUUCUAAUUUAAUCAAAAGUUCCUGGCACAGACUUCUUCAAACUCAACAUGUGUUUCUUCCUGCCAUUUCCACGUCUUACUUUCACAGUCAAAAUGCCUAUGGCCGAGCUGAUGAGAGGCAAAUGCAAGAAAAGCAAUAAAUGCAGCCUUACAGGGCAGGUAAAGCCCAGGUGCUGGUGCCUAACAAUUCUCUAGGUGGACUUAGUAUCUCUUCUGUUCAUACCACGUGGAUAAAUUUUAUUUGUAGUAUGUAUAUUUGUUAAUAUUUUCUGUUAUUUUAUGUUAAUACUACAGAUUAUACAAAUGCAUCCUUUUGUUAUAUUACUUUAUACCUUAUAUUAAUAUUUUCAAUGCA